UAAAUUAGAGAGAUCGAGAGAGAGAGAGACAGAGAGAGAGAGAGAGAUGCGAAAAUCCCACCAAAUUCCCCAAAAUCGCCCAUAAGAGGAAACCCUAGGCGACGAAUCCGACGAUCCCGAACCCUCCGUAAGCUUCCCCAAUCGUCUCUCCCUCUCUGCGCCCCUCGCAGGGCGUGAUUUUGCGGGGUUCCGAGCUGGAUCUGGCUCGUGGCCUCUGGAUCUAGGGUUCCCGGGAUGAUGCUCUCGCUGCAGGGCGACGCGCGGCAGCAGCAGCCGCAGCUGCAGCUGCAGCCGCCGCCUCCGGCGGCUGCGCCGAUGAUCGGCUCCGGCGUGGUCGAUUGGUUAGGGUUUAGUCGCGGCGCGGUCGUAAAGAGGGAGGCGGCGAGUGGUUCGUUCCAGCUGCAGCCCCUGCUCGAUGGUAGAGUCGAUUUCAAGCCCUUGCAGAGUCAAAAUCCGGCGGAAGUUGAUGAGGAGAUGCAUCUCAGUCUUGCGCAUCAGAACUACAAAGCAGGGAACUACAAGAAAGCACUUGAGCAUAGCAAUGUUGUUUAUGAGAAGAACCCACAGCGUACCGACAAUCUCCUUCUUCUAGGAGCAAUAUACUAUCAGCUACAUGAGUUUGAUAUGUGCAUUGCAAAGAAUGAAGAAGCUCUGGCAAUUGAUCCUCAUUUUGCGGAGUGUUAUGGUAACAUGGCAAAUGCAUGGAAGGAGAAAGGCGAUGUUGAUCUUGCUAUCCGUUAUUAUUUAACUGCUAUCCAGCUCCGGCCCAACUUCUCCGAUGCGUGGUCCAACUUGGCUAGUGCGUACACUCGGAAAGGAAAACUGAAUGAGGCAGCACAGUGUUGUAGACAGGCUCUCUCACUAAAUCCUCGUCUGGUUGAUGCCCAUAGUAACCUUGGAAAUUUGCUGAAAUCCCAAGGAUUUAUUCAAGAGGCAUACAAGUGCUACAUUGAGGCCUUGCGGAUUCAGCCCACCUUUGCUAUUGCAUGGUCAAAUCUUGCUGGGCUGUUCAUGGAAGCUGGAGAUCUCAACAGAGCCCUCGUGUAUUAUAAGGAAGCUAUUAAACUCAAGCCAUCAUAUGCUGAUGCCUACCUGAAUAUGGGGAAUGUUUACAAGGCUUUGGGAAUGCCUCAAGAGGCUAUUAUGUGCUACCAGCAAGCUCUGCAGUCACGUCCUGACUAUGCCAUGGCAUAUGGAAACCUUGCAAGCACUUACUAUGAGCAAGGUCAGCUUGAUUUGGCGAUUCUCCACUACAAUCAAGCCAUAAUUUAUGAUUCCCGUUUUGUGGAGGCAUACAACAAUCUGGGAAAUGCUCUUAAAGAUGCUGGUAGAUUGGAAGAAGCUAUCAAUUGUUACCAAUCAUGCCUCACCCUGCAAGCUAACCACCCACAAGCUCUCACUAACCUUGGUAAUGUAUACAUGGAAUGGAACAUGAUAAGUGCAGCUGCUUCAUUCUACAAGGCGACAAUAUCUGUAACAACUGGAUUAUCUGCUCCUUUUAGCAAUUUAGCAGUGAUAUAUAAACAACAAGGAAACUACACAGACGCUAUAGCUUGCUACAAUGAGGUGCUCCGAAUAGAUCCCGUGGCAGCUGAUGCUCUAGUUAACAGGGGAAACACGUUCAAAGAGAUUGGUAGAGUUAAUGAAGCGAUACAGGAUUAUAUACGAGCUGUGACAAUAAGGCCGACUAUGGCAGAAGCUCAUGCAAACUUAGCCUCAGCUUAUAAGGACAGUGGACAUGUUGAAGCUGCUAUAAAGAGCUAUAAACAAGCUCUUUAUCUGCGUCCAGACUUUCCGGAAGCAACUUGUAAUCUUUUACACACUUUGCAGUGUGUCUGUGAUUGGGAAGAUAGAGAGAACAAGUUCCUUGAGGUUGAAGGAAUCAUUAGAAGGCAGAUAAAGAUGUCCGUUCUUCCAAGUGUGCAACCGUUCCAUGCUAUAGCUUAUCCACUUGAUCCCAUACUUGCCUUGGAAAUCAGCCGCAAAUAUGCUGCUCAUUGUACGCUGAUAGCUUCUCGUUUCACGCUUCCUCCCUUUACUCACCCCCCUCCCAUUCCUGUGAAGAGUGAAGGUGGACUAGGUCGGCUAAGGGUAGGAUAUGUGAGUAGUGACUUUGGCAACCAUCCUCUAUCUCAUCUUAUGGGCUCUAUUUUCGGCAUGCACAACCGGGAGAACAUUGAGGUUUUCUGUUAUGCACUGAGUCAAAAUGAUGGCACUGAGUGGAGGCAGCGUAUUCAGUCUGAAGCCGAGCAUUUUAUUGACGUAUCUUCUAUGACAUCUGAUGCGAUCGCCAGGUUGAUCAACGAUGAUAAGAUACAGAUCCUAGUCAAUCUUAAUGGAUAUACCAAGGGUGCUAGAAAUGAAAUUUUCGCUAUGCAACCAGCACCUAUUCAGGUUUCUUACAUGGGCUUUCCCGGGACAACUGGUGCAACAUACAUCGACUAUUUGGUCACCGAUGAGUUUGUUUCGCCUACGCGCUUCGCACAUAUUUACUCUGAGAAUCUUGUCCAUCUGCCUCAUUGCUACUUCGUGAAUGAUUAUAAGCAGAAAAACCGAGAUGUUCUCGAUCCGGUCUGCAAACACAAACGGUCUGAUUAUGGGUUGCCUGAAGAUAAAUUUAUUUUCGCAUGCUUUAAUCAGCUUUACAAGAUGGACCCUGAAGUAUUUAAUACUUGGUGCAAUAUCCUUAGACGAGUUCCAAAUAGUGUACUGUGGCUGCUAAGGUUUCCAGCCUCAGGCGAGAUGAGGUUGCGAACAUAUGCCGUUGCGAAGGGGGUGAGGCCAGAUCAGAUCAUUUUCACAGACGUAGCGAUGAAAAGUGAGCACAUUCGUCGAAGCGCUUUGGCGGAUCUCUUCCUUGACACGCCCCUGUGUAAUGCACACACCACAGGCACAGAUGUAUUAUGGGCCGGAUUGCCGAUGAUUACACGACCGCUGGAGAAAAUGGCCACUAGAGUGGCCGGCUCAUUGUGUCUAGCUACUGGAGUUGGCGAAGAGAUGAUUGUAAGCAGUAUGCAAGAGUAUGAAGAAAAAGCUGUCACACUGGCUUUAAAUCCCGCAAAGCUCAGGGCGCUUAGAGAUAGAUUGAAGGAAGCUCGCAUGUUUUGCCCUCUUUUUGACACUGCUCGAUGGGUGCGGAAUCUCGAUAGAGCCUACUUCAAAAUGUGGAACCUCUACUGCUGCGGCCAGCAUCCGAAGCCCUUUAAGGUGACGGAAAACAACGCCGAGUUCCCGUACGACAGGUAGUCCGACUGCUAACAUGAGGCUCUGUAAAUAAAGAUGAAAAGGAGUCAAAAGAGUCGCAGUUUUACUGCAUGUUCGUUGUUCCGAUACGCGAUCAGCGAUCAAAUUUAUAUGUCAACAGUAAGAAAGAUUUGAGUAGCUGUUGGGCUAGAAGAUUUAAGUGGUUGUAUUAUUAUGUGUGUUAAGCAUUUAUGUAUUAUUAUUAGUAUCUGUUGUUGCUAUAUCUAAGGUCAUAUAUAUAUAUAUGUAUGUGUGGCUCAAUUUAUAUGCGAUUCAACCUUUGGUGUCUUAUUAGAGGAGAUUGAGCUCAUUAUUUAUUUAUAAUUUGAGCCCUUCUCAAGGUGUUCACAUA